UCGGAGACUCUCGGUCUUCCUGGUUUUACGGGCUGGAGGUGUUUUUUUCCCUUCUUCUGGUUGUCUCUAAACAAAACAAAGACUUCAGCUGGAAGAGAUUUACCUCAUUCCUCCAGAAAUGUGUCUUGAAUCUGAACUUUGUGUCUGAAACUGCGUCAAAGUGUUGAAUCUGAUGUGUGGAGACUUCGGAAUCCGAAACAAGCAGCGACGUCUUUCUUCCAUUCAGUCUGCUGUCAGUCCAACCCGUCCAGCAUGAGACUCACUUUUUUAGCCGUUUUUAUCGCUUUAACGGAGGCAGCCAUCUCUCCGCCUUCAGACCUGGCAGGACAAGACUUCACCUCCCUCAGGUCGAUGCUGGACGACUUCGACGUGCUUCCUCUCGCCAGCCUGCAGACUCACUCCGUCCGCCGCCGCGACGUCCAAACUCAAACUCACGUGGAGAAACUGCUCACCUUCAGCGCUCUGCAGAGGCACUUCAGACUGUACCUGAGGACCAACGACGAGCUCUUCACUGAGGACUUCAGGGCCACGAUUGUGGACGAGGACGGCCGAGAGCGAAGCUACCCGGUCAACAGACACAACUACUUCACCGGACACGUCAUCGGAGAGGAAAACUCUCGUGUUCAGGCUCACAUAGAUGACCACGAGUUCUCAGCACACAUCCUGACUGAUGAGGCGGAGUACAACAUCGAGCCGCUGUGGAGGUUCAUGUCGGCGCCCCCUGAUGGGCGUCUCCUGAUCUACCGCUCAGAGGACAUCAGGAACAUCAGCCGACUGCAGCAGCCUUCAGUCUGCGGCUAUGUGACCUCCGACCCCAACCACCUCCUCCCUGACAGUGUCAGAGCAGCCAUGUUGGCCGACCAGGAGGAAGAAGAGUCUUUGCUCAGGGAGAAACGUCAGGUCCACGACCACAAGAAGAACACCUGCCCUCUGCUGCUGGUGGCCGACCAUCGCUUCUUCAAACACAUGGGCCGAGAAGAGGAGAGCACCACCCUCAACUACCUGAUUGAACUGAUCGAUCGUGUGGAUGACAUCUACAGAAACACGUCGUGGGACGAUGAGUUCAGUGGUUAUGGCGUUCAGAUCCAGCAGAUCAUCAUAGAGAAGAGUUCGACUGCUGUAGCUCCAGGAAAAAGUCACUUUAACAUGAAAGGAAGUCCAGUGAAGGGCAGAGACGUCUGGGAUGUCAAGAAGCUGCUGGAGCAGUUCAGUAUCGACAUUGCAGAGAAAGCCUCCAACGUCUGCCUGGCUCACCUCUUCACCUAUCAGGACUUUGAUGAAGGCACUCUGGGUCUGGCCUACGUCGCCCCGUCCAAACCCGACAUCCCCGGAGGCCUCUGCUCCAAAGCUUGUCCUUCAUCUACAAAUGAACACAGAUCGAUCUACCUCAACACAGGCCUCACCAGUACCAAGAACUACGGGAAGACAAUCCUGACUAAGGAAGCAGACCUGGUGACGACUCAUGAGCUCGGCCAUAACUUCGGAGCGGAGCACGAUCCAGACAACAUCCCGUACUGCGCACCACGAGAGGACCACGGGGGCAAAUACGUCAUGUACCCCAUCGCCGUGAGCGGAGACCACGUCAACAACAAGCUGUUCUCCAACUGCAGUAAGCGUUCCAUAGUGAAGCGUCUGAGGUCGAAGGCUCCGUCCUGCUUCAAAGAGAGAAACACCAAUGUUUGUGGGAACUCUCGAGUGGAGCAGGGGGAGGAGUGUGAUCCAGGACUACUGCACAUCAACUCAGACCAAUGCUGCACCGCAGACUGUAAGCUGACAGCUGGAUCUCAGUGCAGUGACAGGAACAGUGCGUGCUGUAAAAACUGCAGGUUCGAAUCUGAAGGUGAAGUCUGUCAGGAGCCCAUAGACGCCACCUGUAAAGGACACUCCUACUGCACAGGACACAGCAGCGAGUGUCCUCCUCCAGAAAACGCUCCAGAUAAAACGGUGUGUUUGGACAGUGGAGAGUGCAUGAAUGGAGAAUGUAUUCCUUUCUGUCAGGCCAUCUUAAAACUGCAGCCCUGCGCCUGCAACGAAACAAACUCAUCGUGUAAAGUCUGCUGUCGGAGCAGCAGCGGCGUCUGUGCCCCCUACCAGGACCAAACAGGCGACUUCCUGUACCUGCGGAAAGGAAAACCCUGCACCGUGGGCUUCUGUGACGGAGCAGGGAAGUGCAUGAAGCAGGUGCAGGACGUAGUGGAACGUCUGUGGGACUUCAUCGACAAACUGGACAUCAACACGUUUGGCAAGUUUCUAGCCGAUAACAUCGUGGGCUCAGUGGUGGCCUUCUCUCUGCUCUUCUGGGUUCCUUUCAGCAUCCUGGUGCACUGUGUGGAUAAGAAGCUGGACAGACAAUAUGAACAGACCACCAAGUCUCUCUUCUUCCCCAGUAAUGCCGAGCUCCUGAGCAGCCUGGAGUCGGCGUCUGUUCGAAUCUUCAAACCUCCAACCUUCCCCACUGCCCCCACCGCCCCCCUACGCUUCCAGCCCGGUGGCCCCCAGCAGACCAGCACCCCUCCGGUCCCCAGCCCCGACCCCGUCCCUGGCCACACCCCCCCACCUCUGGACAGCCCCCGCAUGGCCACCAUCCACGAGGACCCCAGCUUCGACUCCCACCUGGACGAGGAGGCCCUGGAGGAGGCGUUUGGGCGGCCGGUGGGGGCGGCUCGGCGCUCCUUCGAGGACCUGACGGAGAAAAACGUGGCGAGUCGCAGCAAGAAGGCGAAGCAGUUCAGGCUGCAGAGACAACACCAGAUCGACAGCAAAGAGACGCAGUGCUGAAAGACGUGUUCUAAACGCCGCCACACCCGCUUCCUUUAUUUAGAAUAACUCUGGUCCCACUUUAACAGCUGCUGCCAAGGCUGCAUUUGUUUUAACAAAGAUCUUCAUGAGAUAAAAUCAGGUUUAGUUCUGGUCAGUAAAAAUGUGCUGGGGUCAGAACACGUCCUUCCACUGCAGGAUCCAUCCUUUAAAUGUCUUGAGACAAUUCAGGUGAAACCAUGUGGUCUCGAGUCAUUUGCACCUCGGUACCGACACGUGUCUGUAGCAGCGACAAUCAGUAGACUUUCAUCCAAAUAAGGUCAGACUUCUGAUCUAAAAAUGUUGGUGUUAACUCCUGAACAUCCCACACUCGAUUUAGUUUGUGACCUUUAAAAGUCCUCGCUAUCGUCAGCUUCUAGAAAGCUGCAGAAACACCACUCAGGCUGCGUUCCAAAUCACAUACUUUGUGUUUUUCCUCUCACAACGUGCUACAGCUGUCCUUACAAAGUGUUUCCUGCUGCAUACGACGUGCACACAUAUCACAACAUGCUGCUUUGACAUAAUAUAGCGCCUUGAUCAUACAUCUGUUGCAGUCAAAAGAGCAAAAUGAGUUGGAAUCUAAGCUAGUUUAUACUCACAAGUCACUGUGACAUGUGAUGUAACUGUGCAGAGGGUCAGAAUGGACUGAAAAGUACUGCAACAUCUGGACAUCCUGGUGUUUUUGGCAAACCUAAUUUGACAUAAUGUGUAGUAGAACAGACUAAGUUAGAUGGAGGCAAUUGAUUGGCUGUGGCGACCCCUGAAGGGAAAAGCCGAAAGGAAAAGAAGAAGUGUAUUAGAACAGACUAAACCUUACUCAGGCAUCCUAUACAGUUAGUUAAUGCGGAAAUUGGCCCUUCAUGUGUGACAGCGGUGAAAGCGUUUACAGUUUGCUCAGCAGCAUGAAGAGCAGAUUUCCCAGAAGCCAGUUCUCAGGCUCUUCUUUCACCACUUCCUGCAGCAGAUCUGAGCUGCAGCUCAAAUGUCAUCCCACUUUAUUCAGACAGAACUCCAUCUUCUGUGUUCUAUUUGAAGCUUCAGAUAUUUCCUUUCCAGUCGUUCACAAAUGUUAAAAGAACGUCUGACGCUUCACCUUCUCCAUUGAAUACGCUUUGGUUUUUGUUUGGGAUUCAGCAAUCGUGAAGCUCGUGAUCAUUUGCAGUAAAAUCUUUUUCACCAGCGAAACUCUGAUGAGUCGAAGUGUUGCAGACAUCAAGUGUCUCAGUGGGACUCAAACAGUGUUAGUGCCUUGCUCAACCUGCUGAGGCGCAUACUUUCUAUAUGUAUUGCACAAAACAUUCUAUAUCCCUGUGAAGCCCGGUGCUCUGCUUUCUGUGUUUAAUGUCUUUUACAGGAGCCUAUUUAUACCAAUUACAGUGACAUUAGCUCUGCAAUGAUAAAUGAAUUCAUUGAUUAGCCAGCAAUUAUUCUAAAUAUGUACAGUCUUUAAGCAAAAAUGUCCUAAAAUUAAGUUUUUUGAGGAUUCUGAAAGUGAGAAUUUGGGGUUUUUUGGUCCUAAACUGAAUAUUUUGGGCCUCCUAAUGUUUUAUAGUAGAUUCUUUUAAUGUUUUAUAAACCAUUUGCAGCCAUAUUUUAUAUAUAAAAAAUUAUAAAACAAAAGGUUUUACACUUUGUGUAACAUAAUCCAAAGGCUUGAGUCGGAAAGAUUUUGCCAAAAAGGAGAGACAGCAUCUUAAUGUUGACUUACUUUGUGCACAUGAAUAGUUUCUAUCUGCAGAAAAAUGAGACUUUAAAUGAGAAAAUAUUUCCAACUAAAAAGUCCGACUGGACACAAUAAAGCUUUAAAAAAAAUCAGUCUAAAAACUGACAUUUUUACAGCUGUGUAUCUAUGUUUAGUUAUGAUAAAAAUCUGUGUUGUAUCAAAUGUUUUUUUAUGUUGUUUUCUUGCUUGAACUGAGAGACAGGCUGUUGUUAAAGUCUUUAUUUUGAAAUAUGACAAUCAGUCAACGUGCCUUCUCUUCUCCUGUGGUAUUCAAAUGCACUGCAGUCAGUAUUUUUAACGUUGUGUGUUGUUCUAUGCAGAUGAUGUCUUUGUGUUUAACAUGUUUACCUUCAGGCUCACUGUGACGUCUGUUUUUCGAUAAAAAAUAAAAUUAUUGUUGAAUAAAG